UCCCCGCCUCAGCGGGCGGCCGCCAUUUUGCGUGCCGGCUGAGGCGGCGGCGGCGGGGCAGGAGGGCGCGAUGCUGGGCUCCAGGGCGGCCCGCCCGCCGCCGCCGGGGCUGGCGAGGCUCCUCCGUGCUCAGCCGUGGCCUCCGACCCCUCGGGGAGCCUCCGGAGCUCCGACAGCGACUCCCGGGCCGGCGGCAGCGCCGUUGGUCCCGGGCUCGGCCGGCAGGGGCCGCCGCGAGCCCGCUGUGAGGGGGAGCGCGGCCUUGCCCUGGCGGGGGGCGGCCUGCGGGGGGCGGCAAGGCCCGGGGGGAGCCCCCUCGGCUUUGGUCGCUGCGGGGGGCCCGGUGGUUGAGGGGUGUCCCCCCCAUACCGGCCUCGGAGCCCCCGGUGGGCGGCGGAGGGGCUCCUGUGGGGCUGUGCCGCCUGCGGGCCUGCUCGUCGCCGCGCUGGCUGCCUGCUACGUGAGGGACCGAGCCACUAAGGAAGACGCCCUGCUGGAGGCUGCGAGGUUCAACAACGUGUCCGAAGUCAACAGGUUGUUGCUGGAAGGCACGGACGUCAACGCCAGGCACCGGCUGGGCUGGACUGCUCUGAUGGUGGCAGCUAUCAACAGAAAUUCCAGCAUGGUGAAGAUCCUGCUCGCAGCUAACGCAGACCCAAACCUCGGAGAUGAAUUCAGCAGCGUGUACGAGACUGCCAAGGAAAAAGGCCUCCAUUCUUUAGAAGUCCUUGUGACCCGGGAGGACGAAUUCAACAACCGCCUGAACGUCAGAGCCAGCUUCAGGGGCUGCACGGCCCUGCACUACGCCGUGCUCGCCGACGACUACCUGACGGUCAAGCUGCUGCUGGAUGGAGGUGCCAACCCCCUGCAGAAGAACGAAAUGGGACACACGCCCCUGGACUACGCCCGCGAAGGGGAGAUCAUGAACCUCCUGAGAACAUCAGAGACGAAGUUCCAGGAGGAGCAGCGCCGCAGGGAGAUCGAGGAGCGCCGGAGGUUUCCGCUGGAGCAGCGGCUGAAGGAGCACAUCAUCGGGCAGGAGAGCGCGAUAGCCACGGUGGGAGCAGCCAUUCGGAGGAAGGAAAAUGGCUGGUACGACGAGGAGCACCCGCUGGUCUUCCUCUUCUUGGGAUCGUCUGGAAUAGGAAAGACAGAGCUGGCCAAACAGACAGCCAAGUACAUACACAAGGAUGUCAAAAAGGGUUUCAUCAGACUGGACAUGUCGGAGUUCCAGGAGAGGCACGAGGUCGCCAAAUUCAUCGGCUCGCCGCCCGGCUACGUGGGCCACGAGGAGGGCGGGCAGCUCACCAAAAAGCUGAGGCAGUGCCCGAACGCCGUGGUGCUCUUCGACGAGGUCGACAAAGCCCACCCAGACGUCCUCACCAUCAUGCUGCAGCUCUUCGACGAGGGCAGGCUGACAGACGGCAAGGGGAAGACCAUCGACUGCAAGGAUGCCAUCUUCAUCAUGACCUCCAACGUGGCGAGCGACGAGAUAGCCCAGCACGCCCUGCAGCUCAGGCAGGAGGCCGUGGAAAUAAGCAAGAAGAGGAUCGCAGAAAACUUAGUGACAGCACAAGCCCCACACGAGGGUCCUGAAGGAAAUUGCCCCCAAGCAGGUCGCAGAGGGAGGACGGAGCAGGAGGACGUGCAGGUGACCGAGAAGAUAACCAUCUCCAAGCAGUUCAAGGAGAAGGUCAUUCGCCCCAUCUUAAAGGCUCACUUCAGGCGGGAUGAGUUCCUGGGGAGGAUCAACGAGAUCGUCUAUUUUCUCCCUUUCUGCCACUCGGAGCUCAUCCAGCUCGUCAACAAGGAGCUGAAUUUUUGGGCCAAAAAGGCCAAGGCGAGGCACAACAUCACCCUGCUUUGGGACAGGGAGGUGAUGGACGUGCUGGCUGACGGCUACAACCUGCACUACGGGGCUCGGUCCAUCAAGCACGAGGUCGAACGGCGCGUUGUGAACCAGCUGGCAGCUGCCUACGAGCAGGACCUGCUGCCGAGGGGCUGCACCCUGAAAAUCACGGUGGAGGACUCGGACAAACAGCUGCUAAAAACCAAAGACAGCUCAGCCCCCGGCGCGGAGAAAACAAAGAUGCCAACCCUGCGGCUGGAGAUCGUGGAGAAGGACAGCAAAUCCCGAAAACUGGACAUCCAGGCACCUCUGAACCCAGAAAACAUCACCUACUUCCUCUAGGGCACGCCGGGGCUGUGCGGGUUGGCAAUAAAAUACCGUCAGGCUCGCAGUGUGCCCCGUGGCCGCGUCCAGGAGGGCAGGAAUCCGUCCCAGAGGAGCGUGAGGUGGGACAAAGCUGCUCCUGCUGCCUCUGCUCCUCUGGAGCGGGACGUGGGCAGGCAGGCCCCGCAGCAUCAGGCUCUGGGAGGGCACAGAAGGCUCUGGCCGUGGGCUGGCGAGGCGCCGUGCAGCCACGGGGGGACACGAGGGUGAGGGGCAGGGGGAUUUCACUGCAGAAACAGCCGAAGAGAGAAGGUGCUGGGGGUAUUUAAAAACAAAAAAGCGAAUUUCUGACUGUACGGGUGCUGCUCGGGCUCGUCGCUGCCUGAAGAUGGGAAUUGCUGCAGGGAUUGGUUUUGGGGGCUUGGACUGAUGCUGCACGGGGGUAGGACGGGGCCGAGCGUGUGACAGCUUCGUUUAAAAGCCACCAGGCUCUCUGUACCUCGCCUGCUUCUGGUUAUUUAUUGCAAUAAACGCGGCGUGCACACGCCA